AUGUCUGAUGAGAAUAGGGUUAACUCCGAUGUGGUAGAUAAAUUAAAUGACUACGUAGAUAAGAAUCCAGUCGAGGAAGAUAGUGAAUCGAAUAUAGAAAUUACUAAAAAUUCUACUCAUCUACAUUCGACUCAUGAAGAUGAUGAAGUAAACGUGUUACAAGAAAAUGUUGAUGAAGAGCUUCUUCCUAAAAGGGAAGAAACUGGCAUUGAAAAGGAUAGUUUACUUGAAAAUGAAAAGAACAACACAAUAGUUCUGGAAGAGCAAGAUAAUUCAAAGGAUAUCGAAAGCGUUCAAGAUAAACAAGAAACUGAUAGUAAGCUUCCUUUCAAAUUAACUUUAGAUGAUGAUUCAUUUAUUGUCCAUCCCCUUAUCGAACAUAUACCUGAUGAGUUAGAGUACACAUGCUUUGAGUCUUAUGAACAGAACUUAUACCUAGGAACAGAAUCUGGUGAUUUAUUACAUUACUUCGAAAUAGAAAAAAGUAAUUACAUGCUUGUAUCACAAACCAAAUUCAAUUCUGAGUUCAAUAAGCCAAUUGAUAAAAUAAUAUUAUUACCAAAUAUUGAGAGAGCAUUGUUACUAUCAAACAAUACUUUAACGCAAUUUCUUCUACCAGAAUUUGCUCCAGCACCAAAUACAGAAAAUAUUGCUAACAUUUCCUAUUUACUUUUAAAAUCAUAUUCAACUAAUUCUAAUUCUUAUAAAAUUUUAUUAUUUUUGGAGAAUGAGGUCAAUGAAUAUCGAAUAACACAAACAUCUACCAAUCUAGUUAGACGAUAUCCAUGGAAAAGCAUAUCAGAGGCUUCUUUAUGUGAUAAAUCAAUGAUGAUAGCAAGGUCAAAUCACUACGAACUAAUUCAAGCAAGGAGCAAAGAGGUAACGCCUCUUUUUAAAGUCAGCGAAUCAGAUGAACCUCUUAAACCUAUAAUAUCAAGCAACAAUGGUACUGGAUUUAAUGUAGUAACUGGAGGAACAUCAAUAGAUUCAACCGCAAUGGUAUUUAAAGUCAAUAAAUCAGGGGAAAUUGAUAGUGGUAAUUUGGUAUUAGAUCGGUACCCCGAUAGUGUUCUAUCUAAGAGUCCUUAUCUUAUAGUGAACUUUAACAACAAUGAGAUUCAUAUAUAUAAAGAGGUGACUAAUGGAGAUUCAGCACUUAUUCAAAUUAUAAAGAGUCAAUCUAAAUUCAAUAUCUGCGAAAGCUUUAAGCAAUUUGAAUGUUCAAAUAUCGAGGAAGCUAAAAAAAUCAAAUCGUUAGUUACAGAAAAAUUACGUUUAGUUCCUCUUGAAGAAGACAACGGCGACAUAUUCAGAAUUAAUGGUGAAAAUUCAUACAUCAAUAGUCUAUUUAAAUUAUCGACAUCAAUGCUAUUAUAUGGUAAAGCAGGUAUUUACUUGCUAAUUCAAAAACCUGGUAUUUUAAGAUUUGAUAAGUAUGACGAGAAAGAAAUUGAAAAUGUGAGAGGAUACAUAGGUAGUUUAAGAGGAGACCUAACAAAAUAUCAGCAAAUAGAAAAGGAAUAUCUAACAGCAUUGAAGAUUCUCUUGUAUACAUUGCAUAAUGCUGCUAUUGAUGAGAAAAUUAUCUCAAAAUGGUAUCAAGUCGCUGAGUUGGUUGACAUCAGAUUAUUAUUAUACUUAUUGGAUAUGGAAUAUUAUGGUAAUCUUUGUAUAUUCAAUGGGUUGAAAAAGUUUAUAGAAAAUUUAAAAUUGUUAAAACUAAUACACAAAGUUAAAGAUAAGAUCUCACUGAUAACUUUGUUGAAUAGGAAACUAAUAAACUGCUCGAAACGUGAAGAGAUCCGAGAUUACAAUAAUGUGAUGAAAUCGAUUGAAAUGAAUUUAUUCCAUUUAUUAACUGAAAAUAAUAAAGAAAUCACUACUGAUAUGUUUAUAGAGCCAAUUUUAAACGAGAUUUUGCUUAUACUUCAAGAAGAACCUGAAAAAUAUUCUGUUUUAUUAAAAAAAAUAUACUUAGAAAAGCAUAAUUAUACUGAACUGAUUACUUUAUUCAAAAAUGAAGGAAAUGCACAGGAAAUUUUAGAUCUGAUAGUAACGAAAUUUUCAGAACUGCCAAAAGCGUAUACAGCCAACGAACUUAUUGAAGAUUUGAUAUACAUUAUAAAUUCAUUACCAUUAAAUAAUGAAAUUAUUAAAAAGACUCUUAGUGUGGUUGAAAAGGCCAAUUUCAAUAUAAAUGAUUUUACCGAUAAAUUAACUUCUAAUGUCGAAGUAAAAGUUGCUGUCAUUGAACAUAUUGGUGCUAAAAGUGAAGUUAAUAAGGAAUUUUUAUUGAGAUAUUACCUUGCAAACUUUCAAAAAGAAUUAGAGCUUAAUAAUUUAUGGGAAAACUUAGGCAAAUAUGCAUCGGAAUACACAAGUGAUUUAAAUUAUUAUAAAUCAAGCUUAUCUGAUUUUUUAUUAAUUAAGCUAAAAUAUGAUUCCAUAUUUAAUGAUUUCUUAAAUUAUAUCCAGCAGAUUAAACUUUUAUGCAAAGACGAAACAGUUGACAAUUCUAACAUAAGGUUGGUUUUAGACGAUAUCAAAAAAAUUGACAUAGGGAAUUUAUUGCUUAUGUUAUUUUUGAUGCCCGAAUUUAUUGGUAUUUCAGACAUUUUAAUUUCUUCAGAUGAGUUACUGAGUAUGUAUAUGCUGUACAAUGAUUUCCUUAAUAUUGAAAGAUAUCUGAAAGUGGAAACAUUUUUAAAGGUCUUUAAUCAUUAUUUAUCAUUUUCUGGAACACCAGAUGGGGUUAAGACUGUUAUUACUUUUUUGAAGCGAAAUUGUAAUACUAUUGUGGAUAAUAAUAUGUUAGUCAAGAUAUUUGAGUUAUUGCCUGACAAUUUCUCCGUUAUGUCACUUUUCGAUGUAUUAUUUCCAAUUAUUAAAAAAAGAGAAGGGAUUAAACAUAAGUAUUAUUUGGAAAAAGCGUUAGCAAGAAAUGAAUUAACAUCUUAUUCCAAUACUUUAAAUCAUUUCAAAUGCCAGGAAUAA